CAGCCACUGUAGAGAGCGCCGUUGGGUCCAAAUUGACCCUUGAGGCUGAUUGCCGGCUCUACAAGCAGUAAAUGAUAAGCCUCUGCAAAGAAAUCAUCAGAAACGCUGAGGACACGGCCACCAAUGGCAACAGAAGAUAAUUCUAUAGCGUUGAAGGGCAUGGCACUCAAGGCAACCUUGGGGAAAAGGAGGAGGGCAAGGGUGCGGUCCGAUGUACUAAAAUAGCAAUACGGAUAUCGUGCCGGAUUAAAAUCGGGCCGUGAAUCGGAUCCGGGAACAAAUAUCAGGCCUCCUCGUCCAGGAACUCUGUCAGUGUCAUCCUAUCCUUCGUCUCGCACCAUGAUUCCUAUUGCUCCUGCACCACCGGCUCCCUCUGUAUCGUCCUUUAUCAACCCUUCGCAAAUCGAUGUCAACGACGACAAGUCCAGACGGACGACGAAGCGAAAGCGUACUGACACCCCCGACGAGUCGGGCACCGAUGCGCCAGCUCGCAACACUCCACGACAUGGUCCCAAGAAGAAAAAGGCCAACAGGGCAUGUUUUCAUUGCCAAAAAGCUCACUUGACCUGCGAUGAUACACGUCCAUGUCAGCGCUGUACGAAACGUGGUAUCGCGAACAGCUGCACAGAGGGUCACCGCAAAAAGGCCAAAUACUUACUUGACGACGAGGAACUGAUUGAGCUACGAAGAAGUAAGGGUCCUGUGACGGACAAAACAGUGGAUGCACCACCAGUCGAGGAGAUUGCAGAACCCGUGUUUGCACCAUCCUUCGACGCCAAUUUCCCGUUCGGCUCAGAGGCGGCCAACCUCGAGUAUUCAAUUUUGUCCGCGAUACUUGGCAACCCGUCUCCGACGGACUCGGCAAACACCCCACCGCCCGACUUCUGGCCGUCAGUGCCGUAUAACCCGCCCUUUGUAACAUACCCGUAUCAGUCUGCCGAUGAGACGGCACCUCCCCCGCCCCCCCCAUCCGCCCCAGACCCCGGGUCUGAGCCACCUUCGGCACAAGAGCCGCCGGCUCUCCAUCCGCUCGCACCCCGCUAUCCUCUCGACUCCCGUCCCCGCUCACCCCCUCUCUUUCUCACUGACGCCCUUGACCCGCCCACAUCCAACUUGCAGACUAUUAAUGACCGCAUUACCAAGCCUUACGAUUAUACCGAAGGUUAUCAUUUUUUGAUGAAACACUUGCCCACCCGCUUCGAGAAGAACGAUAUACUCCGCAUCGUCCGUGCCCUCGCUAUCUUCCGCCCGUCCCUUAUCGCCCUGCAGAUGCCUCUGUCUCUCGACGACGAGGUCUUUGUGGAAAAAUGUUUCCAGAGAUCACUAUUCGAACUUGACAAACUUAUGUCCUUUUCUGGAACACCAACCGUUGUUUGGCGACGUACCGGUGAAAUUUGUCUUGUCGCACCGGAAUUCUGCAUGCUCACCGAAUGGGCUAUGGAGGAUCUCGUCGGCCCUGGCAAAAGAAAAUACAUUUACGAGCUCUUCGAGAACCAAUCUGUCGUCGAAUAUUGGGAAAAUUUUGCUUCCCACGCCUUUGAAAACACGACACAGUCAGUUUAUUCUCAUUGUGUUCUGCUAAAACCCUCCGGUGCCCCUGUCCCCUCCACUUUCUGUUUUAGCAUUCGGAGAGAUCUCUUCGACCUACCAAGCGUCGUAAUUGGCAAGUUAUCUCGUGCAUUUUCGAUAUCGUAAACCUAAUAGUCGUUAUUUAGGACAAUGGCUUCCUCUUCUCUGAUGUAUCUUUAUCCUUUUUUUUCCGGCGUGUUCUUUUUUCAUUGUUCCUAUACCUGUACCUCAUUACGCAUCGCAUACACC